AUGUCAUCGGAGUACGCAAACCUCUUGCCCAAGAAUGGGAAAUGGAAGCAACAGAUUACCGAUUUCUUAUCUGAGGAUGUGCCUUCAUUUGAUUUCGGUGGGUUUGUCGUUGGCGCCAAGCCAGAAACUGCCUCAUUGUAUAUGAAACAAGAAGGAUUGAUAUGCGGUGUUCCAUUCGCUGCUGAAGUGUUUAAACAAUGUGAUUUGAAAGUGAAAUGGCAUCGUGAGGAGAAAACGUACGUCACAUCUGAGGAAUUAAAACAGAAUGGGGGAAAGAUCGUUGUUGCGACCGUUUCCGGGGCAGCUAAGAACAUCUUGUUGGCGGAACGAACCGCAUUGAAUUUAUUAGCCAGGGCUUCUGGUGUAGCUACACAGUCAUAUAUCACAAAGAAGUUAGCAGACGAAAAUGGGUACACUGGGUUGAUUGCAGGAACAAGAAAAACCACACCUGGACUAAGAUUGGUUGAAAAGUAUGCCAUGUUAGUUGGCGGUGUUGACACUCACAGAUACGACUUGAGUUCCAUGGUUAUGUUGAAGGACAACCAUAUUGCAUCGACUGGUAGUAUUACGGAUGCAGUAGCAAAGGCAAGACUGGUUUGUGGAUUUGCUGUUAAAGUCGAAGUUGAAGUUAGUUCUGAGAAGGAUGCAAAAGAGGCAAUAGAUGCUGGUGCAGAUGUAAUAAUGUUGGAUAAUUUCAAAGGCGAUGAAUUGAGGAAAGUUGCUCAGAGCUUGAAAGAGCAUUACAAAGGUAGCAACAAAGCCUUUUUGUUGGAAUGUUCUGGAGGAUUGACUUUGAACAACUUGAGUAGUUACCUUUCAAAUGACAUUGAUAUUUAUUCUACAUCUUCAAUUCACCAAGGCACCGGUAUUAUUGAUUUUUCAUUAAAAAUUGACGUACAAUAG